AUGACGUCCCUGCAGAAGGCCAAUGCUACCCGGCUCUUCAGAAGAGGCUUUGCCCUCCCUGCCAGACCUGGACUCAUGACUGUGGUCAGAGGGAUGCAACCCGGGGCUGUGUGGUGGCCCAUGCUGCUCCUCUGUGUGCUGCUGUGGCUGCCUCUGACCCACGGAGGGCCCCGUAGUCGGAGGAAGAUUGAGGAAAUCCAGAUGACAACCUCCGCAACCCAGGAACCAUCCUCAGGAAUCAAGGUGUGUGAGAAGCGCACCAGCAUCUAUCUGUGCAAAUACCCCUGUGAAGUGCAGGAAGACUGUGAGGCAAGCCACGUGUGCUGUUCCACCUUCUGUGGGAACGUGUGCAUUAACCUCCUGUGA